UGACCCCUCAAAUCAGGGGGGUCAAACUAAUUUUAGUUCAGGGGCCACACACAGUCCAGUGUAAUCUCAGACGGGCUGCACCAGUAACAUAAUAGCGCCUAUAAAUAACAACAACUUGAGAUAUUUCUGUUUGUCUUAGUGCAAAGAAGAACAAGAAAUGUAUGAAAAUACAUUUAAUGUACCACCUGAAAUUUCUUAACAAAGGACCAUUUCUGGCACAUUGCUGCCACCUGCUGUUUAGUUCUGAGUGUCAGUGACGUCUACAGCUCUUACUAAAACAGUGCGACCCCUAGUGGAGAAAUUAUGAAUAGCAGUCACUUUUAUUGAAAAUUUGCAGCUAAUGUUCAUCCCAUGGGCCAGACUGGACCCUCUGGACUGUAUGUUUGACACCCCUGUCAUACACUGAACAAUCUUUACCAUAGACAGAUCACCACUGUUUAAAUAUGUAGGUGUGUGACAUACGGUGUUUAUUCAGCUGUCAGUUGAAGAUGAGGUCAAGAACCACUGUUAAACUGUAUUUGUCAAAGCGUGUCCUCUGUAUUUGUGUGUGGAACUGUUGUUCAUGUAGAAAAACUGUGGUGAGGCAGCAGCUGACUGUUUGAGAAAUGUUCACGGUCUUGUGAUUUUUUUUCAGAGACAUUUUGUUCUCCUGCUUUCCCAAAAGUGCAAGAGGAGGAUGUUUCUCAGUUGCCACGGUGAGUGAAGUUGGCAAGAGUUUUUUUUUCUUUUUUCUUUUUUUUUCUUUUUCUAAAGGAGCAUGCAUAUGUUAGUAAUGUCGGUAUCUUUUGGGGGGAUUUUCAACCACCCGUCUGCGUGAUGGGCAUGCUGCCUGAGAGAUAGGCUCCUCACAUGACUACAACAGCUAGUCAGGAAACUCUGUGAAACGUUUAUCAGAGAAAACAGAAACGUUACAAGUGAUGUGGCUUAGAUCCUAAUCUGCCGCUCACUGUCUCCUCCUUGACACAUGAGGCCCAGUUCGGUUGAGAGUCUGAUGGGAAACAGGGUGAACUUCACAUUCUCACUUCAGAGCACAGCAAGGCCUGAAUGACUUAGCCAGCGUCAAAGGUGUCAAAAGACUAUAGGUAUGGAAUACCUUUGAUGAAGAUGCGGCACAGAAACCACAUUGCCAGGUGCAAGGAGCGCAGAGUGGGGACAGGCGAGAGGGAGUAGAGGGGCAGUCAUUAUCCCCGUGGGGGUGGAGCAAAGGGGGAGGUGAAGAAAGCGGAUGAGGCAUUUGAAGCUCAUAUUGACAUGCCGCUCUGUAGCUUCCCGUGAGCUCAGCCAUGGAUGGUGUGUUGGAAGAAGCUGCGGUGUUGUGUGCAUGUAAACUGGUCGGCAGCCUCCUGGUCCUGCCCUCGCUGGCCGCCUCCUACAGUCCGGUCAGCUUCUGCUCCUGCUGCCUUCUGAUCUUCACCGACUUCCUGGUCACAGUCUUUCUGAGUUUCCUCCACAUCUUUGAGUCCUGGCUGACUGAACUGACCCCGCAAGGCGACGCGAUCGCCCUGCGCUUCCUGCUCUUUCUCAGCCGCACCUACGGCGCGGUGCUGCUGCUGACCACACCUCUGAUUGCCGUGGAGACUCUGAUCAGAGUGCUUUGGCCUCGCGUCGUCAUCACCGGCGGGACAGCGAGUCAGGCGGACGGCCCUGAUGGACAGAGGUGUUAUGUCGUGGAAAGGGAAGAGGAAGAGGAUGGCACCCAUCCGGAAAAAGACAAGAGGGUGUCUCACGUAGUCAGCUACCUCUGCUGCUUGUCGGUGUGGGUCGUCGUCGCCCUAAAUGUCAAGUGGCGAUGGAGGAUGGAGGAAGAGUGGACUGCUGCCUGUUUGCACACGACCAACUCACUUAUCAAAUGUCUGCCCAACUUGUUCAGCCCCGUGCCCAGUGCUAUGAACCCCUGCUGGGGCAUGGCCUUCCUCUUCUUCCUCCUGCUCCUAGUGAGCAGCAGUGCAGGCCUGCAGAGACGACACAAGGCUGCUGCGCAGGCGGAGGCGGAGGCGGCGCCGGCAGAUAAAGACGCAGCUCACAGUAAAGGUGAAAUUUGUUACUUUCAGGACCUGGAGUCACUGUUGUCUGCAGCAUUCAGACACGUGAAUCCUGGGAUUUCAGCAUCAGAGCUAGUACAGUGUGUUGACCCAGAGAAAACAGAGAGCAGCUGCAGCGUUCCCAGCCAAUAUUCCUGGAACAGCGUGCAGAUGUCGGCGUGUCGCCAUGGCGACUUUGGCCUCGUCUCCCCAGAGUGUUUGUCUGGAAGGAGAGGAGGACAGGAGCACGAAAGGACAAAGAGAGGUAUACCUCUGACAUUUAUCACAGAGGAACACGUGGACUCACAAUACAGGAGCCGGUGUGGGUGGCGACAGAGGGGCUUUCCCUGCCAGGGGGCGAAGGUAAUGAUAGGGUUCGUGUGUGUGCUCUCCAUUUUUGUGCUGCCUCUCAACCUCAGCGUGAAUAUUCUUUUGAUCAGGACUUUAGAGACCAUGCUGGAGCAGUGCAUCGAAUCUUUAACCUCGUCUCCAGCCGGAGACACAUCGACCCCUUACAAGGGGACACUGGUUUAAGGCAGGACUCAAGGGAAGAAAAAACAAAGUGGAUGAGUUUGCAAUCAUCAGAUUGACAUCAAAAGUGUACAGACAUGCAGUCUACCUGUUAACACUGUUCAAAUAGAGUGUAAAUAAACAGCUCUGCGCAGCCAUUCACAUGUGAGAAAUAGUAUGUGGAAACUGCUGAAAGGUGCUGAGGAGGCAGGUUGAGGCGUGCUCGGUGGAGAGACACUAAACCCGGCUGGAACAGAUGGCUGCGAGGCCUUCUUUCCCUGUGCAGAGCAUUAGGAUCAGCAACUAUUUGUCAUUGCACAAGGGGGUUACAAAGCAGACCCCGUCAACUUAAAUAACACUGGUCCAGUGGCAGCCAGUUGUAGCAUGAGGUCUGCCUACGCUGCGCCACAUAACGGCUGCAUGAAACUAUGACUGACGAGUGACUGAAGGCUACAACAUAGGCCGUUGUCUGUCUUUCCACUCUUUGGUGUGUUUUUUUCUGCUCCUCAGAGUAACUCGUGUACUGCACUUUAGUGCUGCUUUUACAGACAGCCACUGUUACUAACUUCUUCUGUGAAAAUGUUAUUUUUCGUAACAUUAAACCUGUUCUUCUCA